AUGGCAUUGUUGUUCAACAAUUGCGUAGGCCUCGAUAUCGACAUCGGCAUCGGCAUCGGCGGCGGCGGCUCCGAACCCCCCUCUGACUGCCCGCCGCCUCCCCCGCCCCCUCGAACGGCAAACUGGACGGGUCCGCCCGUGCACGUUCAGCGGUUUUACUGCGAGACCCGCCGGGGCCUCAACGACACCCCGACCAUCGCCUCCAUCGACUUCAACGGCUUUCGCCUCGGCGCCCCGACCCUCUCCGUCAUCGACCAGCUCCCCGACCUCGCCAUUUUCCACGCCAACUCCAACUCCUUCUACGGCACGGUCCACCGACCUCACCGGGCUCAGUACCUCUACGAGCUCGACUUCAGCAACAACGCGCUCUCCGGCCCGUUCCCCGGCAACCUCCUCCCUAACAACCUCUCGUUCCUCGACGUCCGCUUCAACUCCUUCUAGGGCGCGUCCCCGCCCGUCUUCGCCCUCCCCCAGCUCGAUCUACUUCUUCUGAACGACAACGCCUGUUCCCAGCGCUCCCCCCCGACCUCGGGGCUCGACCGCGGGUACCUGACCCUCGCGAACAACGGGUUCACGGGCGCGAUACGCCGCCUCCAUAGGCGAGGCGUCCGAACCCUCAUCGAGGUCCUCUUCCUCAACAACAAGCUCUCCGGCUGCCUCCCCUACGAAUCGGGCUCUGCCCAGAACGCCACGGUCUUCGACGCCGGCAACAACAGGAUCACCGGCCCGAUACCACUGUCCUUCGGGUGCCUGAGGAAGGCCGAGGUGCUGAAUUUGGCGGGGAACCUGCUGUACGGGAGGGUGCCCGACGUGCUCUGCAACCUGGCGAGCUGCGGGAAGCUGGAGAACCUGUCGCUGUCGGGGAACUACUUCACCUCGAUCGGGGAGAGCUGCUGGGGUUUGGUCGAGAGCGGAGCUCUGGAUCUGAGGAGGAACUGCGUCGCCGGGUUGAAGGGUCAGAGGUCGGCCUGGGAGUGCGCUAUUUUUUUCCUAAGGCACAGGUUCUGUCCGGUUUGGACUUUUAUGCCGUGCGAGGAUCAGAGGGAUUGGGGGGCUCACCGGAGUGAGGAGGCGGCGGCGGCGGCGAAAAAGGCGGGGACCGUGGUUUAUAAUGCUGUGAAUAAGCGGCAACCUAAUCCUUAAUUAGGAUUGUUUGUUAAAAGGGUCAAUGGCUCAUACAAUACAUACAAUCUCUGUAGCAGUGUUGCAUAUUGGAGCGUGUGUUUUUGCUUAAAAGAAGAUGAUGCAAUUUGUUUGUAUAUGAAAUUACGGUUUUUCUAUAGAGUCCUCGUGGGUACUCGUGGGCACUCUAUAAGAGAGGAGAAAGAUAGAGAGAAAUGAAUAGCUCAUGGUCUCCUCUGAUUUUCAUUAA